CCUACUUCACGAUUCCUCCCCUUAAAUAAACUCACUUCUAACGCGAACAUCUACAGUAGUAGUAGAUCUACUUUAUGACUAACAUUUUGAGAGAAAAGUCAACAUAUAUUAUAUUAUCCACCUGACAUACUAUACUCUAGUGCCUAGGGGGAGCUAAUAAUAAAGUGAAAUUUCGUUUAACAUUAAAUUGUGCUCCAGAUGGAAGUAAAUACUUUAGAAAAAGGAAAGAAGAAAAGACAAUGUGUGAAAACAAACUUCAAAACAGAUGAUAAUGGAACUGGCGAUGACAGUUUUUCAAAUAAAAAACUAAAAAAACAUUCAUUUGGUGACCAACAAAAUAUUUCUUUUCUUGAUGCUCCAAAAUGUUGUAUUUGGAAAGAUAUCAAAGGGGAAAAUCUAAAUUUACAGUAUACACACUUAUACACAGCAGAGGAAGCAACAUGUCUAUUGAACCAGUGCGAGCAAGAGCUUACCUACUAUGAAGGGGACUUGGCUAAAGUGAUGAUGUUUGGAAAGUCAGUUGAUAUACCUAGGAAACAGGUAGCCCAUGGCAGUGAAGGGUUGUCAUACACAUUUUCUGGUAAAACUUUACCUGCUCAGCCGUGGACGACCUUACUGGUGAAAAUUAGAGAACAGAUAACACAAACAACAGGCUACAGUUUUAAUUUUGUACUCAUCAACAGAUACAAAGACGGUAAAGAUUACAUGGGAGAACAUAAAGACGAUGAGAAAGAUCUCCAGUCAGGAUACCCAAUAGCAUCUUUAAGUUUAGGUCAGAUGAGAGACUUUGUGUUUAAACACCAGGACUCCAGAGGGAAAAAUGCCAAACGCAAGAUAGACACGGUCACAAUACAACUGGAACAUGGUUCUUUACUUUUGAUGAAACAUCCAACAAACUCAUAUUGGUACCACUCUCUCCCCAAACGCAUGAAAGCUCUGGGGUUGAGGAUUAACAUGACAUUUCGUAUGAUGGACAAAUCACAUUGUAAACAUGUCAAAGUCAGUUGAUUGAAGCAGUGAUAUAGUGUUGGACCAAUGUUUUGUUACAUUUUUAUUCAAGUGAAAUGCAUCAGUUAUCUACAAAUAAAAUUCAUUUGAAAAUAAAAUGAUGG